AUGCCACCAUUACCGAUUAGUACGGUAGCACUUCCGGGAGCUUUUAUAUCAGCCAUAAUAGAGGGAAACCGAGAAAAAGACAAUGAUUCUGUUAAAGAACAGCAAAAUACGUUGCUUGCAACCUCUUCUGACAGGGAAGCAGUUUUUUCGUGUAUUCAACGAAUUGAUGACAAAAUUCGAAGCGUAAAGACCGAAGCUUUACAAAUAAUUCUUAAUCAUAAAGAUGAUUUUGUUAAUCUUUAUAAUGAUUCUGUUUCAUUGCGAGAUAGGAUUGAUACAUUAUUUACGGAGGUACAUAAUGUUUCUCAAGAAAUAAAUCGUCCCGAGACUGGAAUGAGGCCAAAUCUUAUCAAUGUAUUACAAGAGAAUAGGUCUGUAAUGCAGGAGGUUCAGAACACUAAAUCAGUGGUGGAAACUUUAGAAUACUUGAGUGAGAUACAAAAAUGUAUAAAGAAGUUUCACGAAUAUUUAGACCAAGGUCGAAUUGAGGAGGCUUCUGGCACUAUCACACAAAUGGAUAGCUUAUUAGAAUCUUCACCUGUAUCAACUGAACGAAAAAUUCAAAUUUUUGAUAGGCUAAAGUCACAAUUAUCCAAUAUGAAAGAGUCAUUGGAUCAAACCCUUGAUGAUUUAUUAACACAAUCAAUUUCUUUCAAAAAAAUUGGUGAAAAUGAAUCUAAUCUUACUGUAUUGUCUUCUGUGGAAGGCAGGCGCGAACACCACAGCACUUUUAACAUCAGUGUUUAUUUCCCUCAACGAGAGGUUGAUGACAGUAUUACCGCUCGUUUAGUAAUUGGUCCAGACUUGAAUGAUAAGAACACAAGUCAAGACAGAGUAUUUGCACCAUUGGUUACCAUAUUCAAAUUCAUUUAUACAUUUAUAUUUGGCGGUCUCGACCCUUCUACUAAAGAACUUGUGAUAUUACCACUUGCCACUCAAUAUUCAUCUACCUUUGGUAAAUUUAUCUCGCAUGACUUACGCGAUGCCGUUAUCGACGAAUACCUCUCACAUGUGAUUCCUACAGAGACAUUUGAAUUCAAAAGGUUUGAUGAGGUGGCACAUGAUGUAAUAUGUUUUCAGGCCGAAAUGCGUAAAAUGGGAUUUAUGCGUGAGCCUCGAGAUGGAGAGGAGGAAGAAAGUACUUUAGGAUCAUAUGUUGCGAAGGUUGAUGUUCAUUUUACAAUUAAGAAACGUGACAAGUUAUUAGAACUUGGACGUAACGUUAUGAUGGGUGUAAAUUUCGAGAGUGAGGAAAUCACAGAGGAACAGAAUUCAGAAAUAAAUGAUAAUGCACAAGAGACUUUAAAUAAUAAGCCGGUUAUUGAAUCUAGUAAAAUUGGCGAAAUUAAUGAACAAAAAGAAGAGGGAACAAAGGAUAUAUUUGCCAUACAUAAUGUCAACAAUAAUCCUAGCGAUGGUUGGGAAGUCGAUUGGAAUGAGGGAUGGGAUGGAGAUGAUGAUUGGGAUAAAUCGAAUAAUUCACAAAAAAAUAAUGAAAAUUUGAUUAGUAAAGAUAUAAUAAGUGAACAGGGAAUGAAACUGGUUCGAUAUUCCAUUUCAAAUAAAGGAAAGGCUCUAAUAGAUUUAGUAAUAAAAACUUUGAAUGAGAUUCCAACUCUUGACUUGUUUGAUUUAUUUCGUGCCAUAAUGCCAGUUUUCCAUCAUAACACAUUUAGUAAUAUACCUUCUUUAGCCAUGCUAUUUAGGAAUGAUUGUUUAUGGCUUGCAGAUCAACUUUUAGUUGUGCAAGAUCAAUUCAAAAAUGAUCUAAUAUCUCCAUCUAGUUCUGGAGAUUCUGUCGACAUCAAAGGUAAAAUUUCAUAUAAUGAUACUGUUGAGAAAUUAAGAGAAUUAGGUAAAACAUGGUAUGAUAUUCAGAUGGAUAAGCAAAAAAGUGUUCUUAAAGAGAUUUUAGAUGAAAUGGGCGGAGUACAACAAAUUGCAAAUGAUGAAAGAUUUGAAGCAUGUCAGAGUGCAAUGAAUCAAAUUGUAUAUACUAUGAACCAUUUAUCAAAAGUUUGGAAAGAUAUUUUACGUCCAACAGAAUAUUUUACAGUGUUGGGUGAUUUGAUAGAUUCGGUAUUAACACGUAUGACAGAUUAUAUUGAAGAUUUAUAUGAUAUAUCAGCGGAAGAAUCGCAACAAUUAAAUUUAAUAUGUACAAUGUUAUGUCAACUAGAAAAUUUAUUUAAUAGAAAAGAGAUAAAUUCAAUAGAAAAACACAUAAAACACUGGACGAAAUUUCGUCAUAUGACAGACAUACUUGAUUUACCACUCGCAGGGAUUAUGAGUAGAUUUCGUAAUGGUGAACUCGUAUGUUUUACUAUCGAUGAAUUGGAAGGACUAAUUUGUGCUUUAUUCGCUGAUACACAAUUAAGAGAAAAUACUUUGUCAGAAAUCAGAGAGGGACAUCCCUAA